AUGGCAAAGAUCCAAAGGUUUGUGAAAAUAAGGCGAUUUCACACCAUCACACACCAAGAAACCAUUAAACCAUCAGCCCCAACACCUCCUCACCUCAAUCUUCAUAAUCUAUCAACGAUUGAUUACAUGAUCCCAACCGUUCAUAUGCCGUUGGUUUUCUUCUACAAAAACUACAACAAGGUUGACAUCAACAAAUUAAAAAACUCGUUGUCAAAGAGUUUAACACAAUACUAUCCAUUUGCAGGUCGGCACCUUUCCCCUUCUACCCCUCACAUCGAUUGCAAUGAUGAAGGAGUCGAGUUCUUGGAAGCUUCUAUCGACAUCCCAUUCCAUGACUUCAUUCUUAAGAGAGACGUAGACGAAACAAUAUUAAACAAACUCAUUCCUAAAGGGCUAGGUUCUGCGGUUAAUGUAACUAGUCCUAAUAUGCUAGAGGUCCAACUAAACCAUUUCCCGUGUGGUGGGGCUGCAGUCACUGUGUCCAUCUCACACAAGGUAGCUGACACAUUCACGAUGGGCAACUUCGUCAACCAUUGGGCAACCGUUACUCGUGGUGGAUCACCAAUGAUGCCAAGUUUCGUUUCAAACAACGACUGA